AGUAUACCCUUAUUUAAAUAAAUCAUUCUUUGCAGCAAGGAACACAUAUUAAACUUCUCCACAGCCUAUUACAGCAAAUUGUACUACAUCAAGUGCUUCAAAUCCAUUUCCUAGGGCAGAUACUUCUUCUAGUGUUACAAUGGAUUUUAACAGCAUCUCCAUCUGACUCUUUCUAGAGUUUCUGGCACGCACAUUGUCAGGAUACCACAUCAGUUACUAACAUGGGACUCUUAAAUCUACUAUUAAGUCUCUCUCUUGUGUUUGGAGCCACAGUGUUCUGUCAAUAUGAAGGCGAAGAAUUUGAGGAUGAAUUUGAGGAUGAACUGGAUAAUGAAUAUCCAGCUGUUUUUCGCCUUAUUCCUAGUGUAGACUAUACUAUUCCUUACCCUGCCAUAUCUGCUAAGUGUGCCAAAGAAUGCUUUUGCCCACCUGCUUUCCCGGCAUCAAUGUACUGUGAUCAUCGUAAACUCCAGACAAUACCAAGCAUCCCUUCUCACAUCCAACAACUCUAUCUACAGUAUAAUGAAAUUGAAGCUGUCCCCCCAGAAUCCUUUGUGAAUGCCACUGCUCUGAGAGAAAUUAACCUUGACCACAACAAGAUUAAGUCUGAUAAAAUUGAAAAUGGUGUCUUUGCCAAACUUUCAAACUUAGUACAACUUCAUCUAGAACACAAUCUGUUAGAGGAAAUUCCAUUCCCUCUGCCCAGAGGCAUAGAACGACUGAUCCUAGGUUUCAAUAAAAUUUCCAGGAUAUCUGCAAAAGCCCUGAAAGGUUUAGAAAAUGUAACAAUGCUUGACCUUUGUAACAACCAUCUCAGUGAUUCUGAAAUAAAAGGAAAAGACUUUUCAAAUAUGCAAAGCCUAAUGCAGAUCAACCUUUGUGGCAACAAGCUACAAACCAUGCCUCCUGAGUUACCAUUUUCACUUAUGUAUAUUUCCCUUGAAAAUAACUCAAUUUCCUUCAUUCCAGAUAAUUAUUUCCAGAAGUUUCCAAAAAUUAUUGCUCUAAGAAUGUCAUACAACAAUCUGCAUGAAGUUCCAUAUAGUGCUUUUAACCUACCUAAUCUUGUGGAACUCAACCUUGGCCACAAUAAACUGCAGCAAGUAUUCUAUAUUCCAAGAAGCCUGCAGCAUUUAUACUUGGAAGAUAAUGACAUAGAAGUUAUAAAUAUUACUUUACUGUGUCCUUCUAUUGAUCCACUGAACCUCAACCACUUGACCUAUAUUCGUGUGGACCAAAAUAAGCUCACAGCCCCAAUAAGCACGUAUGCCUUCUUCUGCUUUCCUCACAUACGCAGCAUUUAUUAUGGUGAACAAAAAAUUAGUGCCGAUCAACAAACACAACUGAGGACUCCAGUGUUCCAAAGAUAUUUGACUGCAGAAGAAUAUGAUGAAGCAGAAGAAAACCAUGAAGCAGAAGAAAACCUGGAGGAACAAGAUCAAGAUCACAGAGGAAGGGAUGAAGACUACUUUGACGCUUACUUAUAUUAAGUGAUUAUAAUGUGAAGCAUAUGAUAAAUAAUGCCCAUUUUAAAAGCAAACUGAAACCUUCAUGAGACCCAUUCCAGAGAGUACAAAUGUUGGAAGGGAGAGGCAAGAAAGUUCAGUUCUGUGAACAGUGCUUCACUUAUGGCUACUUAAACCAACUAAAUCACAAUUUUUCAACUAUAUAAAAUGUAAGAACAGCUUUGUUUGCAUUCAUUUUGUUUAAUCUAAACUGAAUACAAAGGAAAAAUUACACUUCUAUAUUCUGGGUCAGAUUCAGAGAACUUCAAGAGGAGCCAACCUGCAUUUUUUACUGCCUUCUCUUAUCUCCUGGAGCCUUCCACAUAUGAGGAGCAACUUUCAGCAUCAGGCUGAAAGAAGCAUCAAAGGAAGCUGUAGCUUGAUUGGGAAACCAGCUGAAACCUUAGAACUUCCUUACAUAAAGGCACCCUUGGAUCCAAUCUGCUGAUUCAAUGGAAAUUUGUACCUGCAAUAUGUAACUACAACCCACUGUUAAGUAUGCAUAGCGAUACACUUUUAUAUUUCAUGCUAAAUGCAAAAUCAGCUCCUAAUAAAUCAAGCGACAAAGUAAUCAUUGCCUUAAUGGAUCUGGCCUGCUCUUGGCAUUUCAUUAUUAGCAUGUGUUUGACCACUUUAUAAUAUAUAAAUAUAUAUAUGUAUCUAUGACAACUAGACGUUAAAAGUAAUUUAAAAUGCACUAUAGCAAUAGCUUUUGCCAGAAUUCACAUUUUGCCAUGCCAUACAUAGCAUGAUAUUGAAAUAUCUGCUCAAGAGUUCAGAGUAAUAAACUGCAAUAUUAGCCACUGGCUAAAAGAAAAAUUAAACUAUCCAUGUGAUCUGCAUGACAGUGCCUUCCAACCUAUUAACAGUCAUCACCACUCCAAUAAGUUUUGUAUUUCAGUCAGAACAUAGGUAACGCAUUUCUUUUGACAUUGUUAGUGACAAUGCAAGUCUGUCAAUAACAUAAAUUUACUGUUUUGAAAAACCAAUUAGUAAUUCUAUUUUACUCAGUCAACUUCCAAGCCUUUUCAUAAAUAUGUGCAAUAUGGAUCCAGACUCAGUGUGUGCGCACUGAGCUAAGAUUUACAUGGCUAGAUAAUAUUUGAGACAAUGAUGCAUUAUUCAGAAAUUAUAUCACAUGUAAACAUUAACCAUUAAUGUAUAAAAUAAUUAAAAAAUGUAUUAUUUUUUCAUAGCAGAUUUUGCCUCUGUACUAUGGAUAUAAUCUUUGUAUGAAUAUAAGCUUUGAUGAACUGUAAAAGAGAAAUUAUAUUUUCUUUAACCAUUGAAUAGAUCUUAUGUGCUUUGCUGUGCCUUUCUAAAAAUUAAAGUUUCUGUUUUUGUGAAACGGUCUUGAAAUGCAGCUUUCGAGUACUACAGGCUUAGGAAAAUAAAUUUUUCCUAUCUAACAUAUUCU